AGGGGUGGGAGGUAAGAGGCAGGAGUCUAUAAAACAGCUCUGAGAGCCUGCUGGGUCAGUGCCUGCUGUCAGGAUGCACAGCUCCGUGUACUUCGUGGCUCUGGUGGUCCUGGGAGCGGCUGUAUGUGCAGCACAGCCCCGAGGCCGGAUUCUGGGUGGCCAGGAGGCCGUGGCCCAUGCUCGGCCCUACAUGGCUUCUGUGCAAGUGAACGGCACACACAUGUGUGGUGGCACCCUGCUGGACGAGCAGUGGGUGCUCAGCGCCGCGCACUGCAUGGAUGGAGUGACCAAGAAUGACUCUGUGCAGGUGCUCCUGGGUGCCCAUUCCCUGUCCGCCCCUGAACCCUACAAGCGGCUGUAUGAUGUGCAGAGUAUAGUGCCCCACCCCGGCAGCCGGCCUGACAGCGUUGAGGACGACCUCAUUCUCUUUAAGCUAUCCCAGAAUGCCUCAUUGGGUCCCCACGUGAGACCCCUACCCUUGCAACAUGAGGACAAAGAAGUGGAACCCGGUACGCUCUGCGACGUGGCUGGUUGGGGUGUGGUCACCCAUGCAGGACGCAGGCCUGAUGUUCUGCAGCAACUGACAGUGUCAAUCAUGGACCGGAUGACCUGCAAUCUGCGCACAUACCAUGAUGGGGCAGUCACCAUUAACAUGAUGUGUGCAGAGAGCAACCGCAGGGACACUUGCAGGGGAGACUCCGGCAGCCCUCUAGUGUGCGGUGAUGUGGUCGAAGGUGUGGUUACGUGGGGCUCUCGAGUCUGUGGCAACCGCAGAAAGCCAGGCGUCUUUACUCGAGUGGCAACCUACGAGACGUGGCUCAAAACCGUCUUAAAUGGUAAUGUGACAGCCUGAGGGGACACCGGAGACAAGUGGCUCACAAUAAAUGCAUGCAUCUGA